CCGCGUAGAAGUCCGUUUUUCAAUUUUGGCUUGGGCUAAGAAGUCCGUUAGUGAGGAAGAAAAGUUAGAGAGAGAAUCUAGAGAGAGAAACAACUCGGAGAGAAAAUCUAGAGAGAGAGAAUUCGAAUGAGAUAGAAACUGAGGAGGGCGAGAGUCCAGAACCAGAAGUAAGAGAGAGAAAGAUGAGAGAGAGGAGGAGGAAUUAGUUAGGAGAGAGAAUCUAGGAGAUAGAGUGGUGAUGCAGAGAAAAAGCACCAGCAGAAGAGGAACAAGUGGAAGAAGAAGAAGCAGAGUAGAAUCGAAAGUCUUUGGCUUGCAAGCUGUGAGAAGACUACUACACAAACGAUGUGUUCACUAGAGAAACAAAACCCACCAAACCCUCCAUUGAAGAGAGGUCCAAGCUGGUCAAACCUCUGGUUCAAGAACAAGAAAACUCUCAACCAAGUGGUCUUCGCUAUGCACCUCCAGUCCCUCACCAACAACCCACCCAAAAACAAUCACACUCCUGAACCCGAUAAAACCCUAAUCUUUGACACCUCAAAGGUCGCCGAUCGAACCUCCCUGUUGUCCGACGAGCUUCUUCUCCGAAUCCUCUCGAAACUUCCUGAUUCGCAAAGAAACUCGAAUUCUCUCGUCUCCAAACGGUGGUUGAAUCUUCAGGGUCGUCUUGUUAGGUCACUGAAGCUUCUAGACUGGGACUUCCUCAUAUCGGGUCGAUUGUUCUUGCGAUUCCCAAAUCUCACGCAUGUUGAUUUGGUUCAUGGAUGUGUUAAUUCCCCUCGAAAUUCAGGUAUUCUAUUGACUCAUAAAUCAGUGACUUUUCAUAUCGAUUCCAAUACUUGGUCUGGAGGGUUUAUACCAGAAAGAUACAUAUCAUCUGUUGAGAAAAUUGAUUUGGGUUUAAAAGCUUUAGCUAAUGGGUGUCCCAAUCUGCGAAAGCUUAUGGUUAUUAAUGCUAGUGAAGUUGGAUUGUUGAGUGUGGCUGAGGAGUGUCCCACAUUGCAAGAAUUGGAGUUGCAUAGGUGUAGUGAUCAAGUGUUGCGCGGAAUUGCGGCGUGCCAGAACCUUCAGAUAUUGAAAUUGAUUGGAAAUGUUGAUGGGUUUUAUUGUUCUUUGGUCUCAGACAUUGGUUUGACCAUAUUGGCACAAGGGUGUCAGAGGUUGGUGAAGCUUGAGCUAAGUGGAUGUGAAGGGGGCUAUGAUGGGAUCAAAGCAAUUGGACAGUGUUGUCAAAUGCUCGAAGAGUUGACUCUUUGUGAUCAUAGGAUGGAGGGUGGGUGGCUGUCAGCUCUUCAGUAUUGUGAAAAUUUAAAAACAUUGAGGUUUCAAUCAUGCAAGACUAUUGAUUGUGAUCCUGAGCCGGAUGAGCAUUUGGGUUCUUGCCCGACCCUCCAACGAUUACAAUUCGAGAGGUGCCAAUUAAGGGACAAGAGGAGUGUGAAAGCAUUGUUUCUUGCAUGUCAAGGGGUGAGGGAGACUGUUUUCCAGAACUGUUGGGGAUUGAAUGAUGACAUGUUCAGCAUUGCAAGUAUUUGCAGGAAGGAAUAAAGUAGCAACUAAAUGCAGUAUGAUAUGGAAUGGAGAAGAUGUCGAAAUUGCAUAGUUCCCAUUUUAGUAUUUGGCUGCAGACCUGGUAAAUUUUAUGUUUUAGUUUUUGUUAUCAUUCCUUGACGGAAAUGGAAUGUCAAUUUGAAUAUUCGUGGCGAGGGUUGUGGAUUCCAACUUCAUUGGCUUACCAGACAAUGAUCGGGAAUGCAAAGCAAAAAUGGGCAUUUGAGUCCAUUCCUUCCUACUAAACAUUACUUUAGCCUUUUUUUUUCCUUACAAUAACAACCACCAAGACUUUUUCCUAACUAUUUGGGAUUGGACUUUAGCCCUUUUUCUUAAUUUUGUAAUUUGUAUGAAGGAAUGUCUUCCUUGAUUGAACUGUAAUUAUUUCCAUUACCAGUAAUAUUUCAUUCUUACUAAGACAAACUUCUGCUAUACUACUGAUUAGAUCAGAUGUAUGGUUUUAUUAUAUGCUUAUGACAUCUAAAUUCCACCCCUGUAAUACUUGUUGUAGCUUUGUAUGAUUGGUAUGAUGGAUAAAUGAAAUUGAAGCAAUUGUGAAGUGAUCCAAAGGUCAUUAUCCAGUUGGUUCUUGCCAAUGCAAGUUUAAUGGGAGGGGGUUGUUAAAUACGGAUUUAAACUGUGGCAGCUUUGGCAUUAACUUUUGUUCAAAUGGCUGAUCAUAGAAGCCCUAAUGCUCUCUCAAAUUAUAAGGACUGCAUAAUUUUGGUGCAACUAAUUUUGCACUAACGCACGGAGAGAGAGCAUUUGAGAAUCAGUCUGUUCUAGAAACCAUUAGAUCUACAUUCUCAUUCAAUGAUUUACUGUAGAGCUAUAACAAUGUCUAAUCACAUCUUUGCCUCUUCUUGCUGCCUAACUUUCAAGAACUAACCACUUUCUAUUUAUCUGUUAAGGAAAAAAAUGUACAUCAUUAAGGUCAUGCACAGCAAAUUCAUGAGAAUCAGAUUAUUACAUUGAAUCAAGAACACUAAGUACUUAAUAUUUUGCAGUUUAUUUUAACUUUGUUUGAUAGGAAACUCACUGGCUUUAUCUUCUUUUCAGGAGGGUGAAGUUCCUAUCUUUAGAAAGCUGCACAUCUCUAACAACUCAAGGUCUAGAGUCUGUAAUUCUUUCUUGGAA